AGUAAACAUUAAGCAUACUGCAUAAAGCAAUAACUGAAUCGAAUUCAAAUAAUUAGUUAAAUUAAAAGUACGAAACUACGAACUCAACUAUAAAUCUAAUUUAAUAUCUACUUCAUAGCCGUAAAUCGUAAUCCAUCGAAAUUGAUUACUUCUUGUGUGUUCACUUAUUGAGUUAAGAGAAAAAUGUUUCCAACGAGCACGCAAAAAACGAAUUGGAUAUUCAAAGACGAGUUGGAUUUGAAUGCAUUGCGAGAGGAUGCCAACCAGAAGUUCAUUACCAGAUUCGGGUCGCACAUGAGUCCCGAAGACCGAAAUACAUUUUUUUUAGAUGCCAACGAAGAGCAUAUAAUACAGAAAUGUCACGAGUAUAUAUUAAGAGAUUUCUGUCACAAGUUUCAGCCAAUGCCAAAGUACGUCGCUGCUUUAAACUAUCUGAAACGAUUACUGUACACGGUCAUGGACCAUCCCAAAGAAAUAAUGGUCUGUCUGUUUUUGGCGUGCAAAGAUGAGUUCAAUGUAUCGCUCGCACAAUUUGUCGCCAACAUUAAGGGCAACCAAUCAAGAGCAACCACAGUGAUACUGAAUAAUGAGUUGUUUCUUAUGGAACAGAUCAAGUACAACCUCAAAGUGCACCAUCCAUUCAAGGCAAUCGAAGGAUUCCUUCUAGACAUAAAGACUAGAACACGAAUGUCCGAUCCAGACCGUAUGCGUACUCACAUUGAUAGUUUCAUUGACAAGCUAUUGUUUACAGACGCAUGUUUAUUAUUUGCACCAUCUCAGCUGGCACUAGCUGCUGUAUUACAUUCGGCUAGUCAGAUCAAAGAAAAUUUGGAUUCAUAUGUAACCGACUUACUGUUAGGUGAUACGGGGUCUGAGCAUUUAAAAGAUUUGAUAGAGGUUGUACGGAGAAUAAGAAUAUUGCACGUCAGAAUAGCAGAUGAUCAUACAAAAGAACUGUCACGUAUUAGCAAAAAAUUAGAUAAAUGUCGGAACCAAGAGAACAAUCCAUUCAGUGAAAAAUAUAAAGAUAGAAUACAAGAAUCAUUAAAUAAUUCUUUAUAGUUUUAAUUACAUUUUUGGCAUUAUUGUGAAUAUCUAAAUAUGAAUUUGUAACACUGUAAUAGGUAUACUAAAAGUACAUGAUUUAAAAUUAAUAAAUAUUUUUUUUUCUUUUCUCACUAGAUACAUAAAUUGAUCAUAAAUAUAAAUUAUGUAAUACUUAACAUCCUAAUAACCUUAAUAACAACUGUACAUUUAUUAUAACAUUAUACUAUUAAAUAUAACCUAUGUGAAACGUUGAUUGUUUAUUUUGUAUAAACAUAAUUAAAAUACAAGAUAUUAUAUUACCUG